AUGGAAAAAGGAAGUCCCGUCGGUUCCUACCGGACGGCCGGACUCUUCUCCCGGAUGUUUUUCUGCUGGCCCCUUCCGUUGUUGAGAAUUGGGUGGAAGAAAGGUAUCGAAGAAAAGGACUCGGACCGAGUACUACCCGAAGACAGAUCGGAAUAUUUAGGAAAUUUACUACAAGAAAAAUGGAAAAAAGAAUUGGAAAAGAAAAAGCCCAGUUUAUUAAAGACUUUAAUACCUAUAUUUGGAAGAAAGUACUUACUUCUUUUUACCCUUCCGAUAUUGCAGGAAUGUUUUUUACUUAUCGUCCAGGCGUACUUAUUAGGAAUAGUAAUCGAUUAUUUUGACGAUCAAACGGCAGACACGGAAACGAUUGCUCGCUUAUCGGCUGCGGGAGUUUGUAUGUGUUUAUUCCUUUAUAUGUUAUGCAUCCAUUCUUUAAUAUUCAACACGCAGAGAUUAGAUAUGCAGUUAAGAGCGGCUUGUUGCAGUCUCAUUUACAGAAAGGCCUUACGUUUAAGCCAUUCGUCUAUAAGCAAAUCAACGAUUGGUCGAAUGGUAAAUCUACUCUCGAACGAUGUCGAUAGAUUCGACAAAUUUAUCUAUUUGUCUUAUUACGUGAUAAUUUCUCCUUUGCAAGCAAUUAUAAUAGUUGCCAUGUUAUGGCAAUAUAUAGGUCCAGCUGUGCUGGCCGGUGUGGCGGUUUUAUUCCUCUACAUUCCCGUGCAGUUUGGACUCGGAAGGCUUUUUUCUAAAUUAAGGUUAAAAGCGGCAAAAUUAGCCGAUAAAAGAUUUCUUCUACUGAACGAAAUACUGACUGGCCUGAGAGUUAUCAAGAUGUACGCCUGGGAAGAUCCGUUAAUCGAUUCGAUAGAAAAAAUAAGAAAGUUGGAAAUCCAAAGUAUCAAACAGUCGUUGCAAUUAUACGGAAUUCCUUUUUCUCUGGGAUCCAUAUUUUCCAAAUUGAUCCUGUUCCUAGCCCUAGCAGUCUACUCGCUGACGGGUGGAAAGUUAACUGCCAGUUCUGUUUUUAUUACAGUUACGAUUUCUAUGAAUUUCUAUCGCUGCAUGUUUUACGCAUUUCCUCAGGCCGUUUCCCAAAUCGCGGAAGCUUUGGUUUCGUUACAAAGAUUACAGAAUUUUCUUUUGCUGGAAGAAAAAAGUACCGACGUUUCUGAAGAAAUGUCUUCCGUAGAUAAAUGCGGAGUUUGGGUGGACGACGUUUCUGCCUCUUGGCAUAAGGAUAGUAAAACAGGCAAUUUACAAAAUAUAUCGUUUUCCGCUAACUCUGGAAAUCUGAUUGCAGUAAUUGGAUCUGUAGGAUCGGGAAAGACGACGUUACUAAUGAGUAUAAUAGGAGAACUUCCAAUUACUUCUGGAAAAGUAACUUUACAAGGAACGGUCGCUUACGCAUCUCAAGAACCUUGGAUAUUCGGUGGAACUAUUAGAGAAAACAUUCUUUUUGGCUCAGAUUUUCAAGAAAAGAAAUAUAAUAAAGUCUUGCAUCUUUCGGCACUUGACAAGGAUAUUAAUGAUUUUCCCGAUAACGAUUCCACAUUAGUAGGAGAAAGAGGAACGAAUCUGAGUGGAGGUCAGAAGGCCAGGAUCAAUUUAGCCAGAGCUCUCUAUCUGAACGCCGAUAUAAUUGUUCUCGAUGAUCCUCUCAGUUCUGUCGAUCCUCCCGUUGCCGAGCAUAUAUUUCACAAAUGCAUAAUGCAAUAUUUAAAAAAUAAAAUUCGAAUUAUAGCGACUCACCAAGCGCAAUUUUUGAAACAAGCGGACAAAAUCAUAUUAUUAGAAAAAGGAAAAUGUGUGGCCGUAGGAACGUAUAAGGAUCUGGUGGCUGCGGGAAUCGACAUCGAGUCGUUGCCAGAGGAACGAGAAUUCAAGAAUAAGGGAAGGAUUAAUUCGACUCCUUCGUCACCCGUGAUCGACACCCGUCCUUCCAUUAACGACAAUUCCCACAGGGCAAAAAGUAGCAGAAACAUAUCUUUUCCACGAAACCAAAAAGAGGAUCACGUCAUCGAAACAAAGAAAUGUGGAAACCGAGAAAAAACGGGUCCCGGCCAAACCGGGAAGAACGUUCUGUGGACGGGAGCGAAACUGUACGCAAAAUACGUCGCCGGGGGAAAGGACAGAGUAUCGGGCGUUGUUUUCCUCUUCUUUCUUCUGGUUUCGCAAAUGUUGUUUAGCGCGGGCGAUUAUUGGCUGAUUUUAUGGACUAACGGAAGGUGUUUUGUGAAAAACUACACCUUUUCCAAUUACUCGGACGUAAACCGCGGCGUCGACGAUAUCGACCACCGAUACUCGAAUACCUUAAUCGGUUUAUACGUGUAUUUAGGACUGAUAUUCGGACUAAUAACGUUUUCGUUGAUCUCCGCCGCUCUGUACGUGGAGUUGUGUACGAAAUCCUCUAACAACCUACACCGUAGAAUGCUUCGUUGCGUCGUGCGUACUCCCGUAUCGUUUCUGGAUAACAAUUCUAUAGGUGAAGUCUUGAAUCGUUUCUCCAGAGACGUGGGAUCCAUCGACCAACAGUUACCGAUGACCAGUUUUUCCACUAUACACAAAUUAGUCAAUAUCAUCGGAUCACUCGUCAUAGAAGCUAUUAUACAUCCUUAUUUACUUUUUCCAUCUAUUAUAUUAUUAAUCGCUACUUUCUUUCUGUGGAAUUUCUACUUACGAACAGCAAGAAAUGUCAUGCGCAUGGACGGAUCGAGUAAAAGCCCAGUUUUUGCUCAUCUCAGUACUUCGCUUUACGGAAUAUCGACAAUUAGAACGUGUAAAGUGGAAAAAAAAUUCGAAUUUGCCUUCGAUCGAUAUCAAGACAGACACACAGCCGUCCGCUUUCUCUUUAUAGGAUUGUCUCGUUGGAUGGCCAUAAACGAACACGCGCUUUGCAUCUUGUAUCUCGUUGCCACCAUGUUUAUACUAUUUUUUGUAUCUUCCGCUAUUACCGGUGCAGAACUCGGUCUGGCAGUUUCCAGUGCCCUCUUAAUAUUUGUCAAUUUCUACAUGAUGAUCGACUUUGGUACCGAAAUGGACAGUCAGUUAUCGUCCGUGGAACGUGUCGCAGAUUAUAGUUCAUUACCGUCAGAAGCUGCCGAUGAAUCACCAGAUAUUACGCGUCCUCCGGAGAACUGGCCGUUAAAUGGAUCCAUUAUUUUUGAUAACGUUUCCUUAAAAUAUUCAUCGGAGAAGCAACCCGUAGUAAAAAAUCUUAACUUUCGUAUUAAAAAUGGAGAAAAGAUUGGAAUCGUUGGAAGAACGGGAGCUGGAAAAAGUUCCAUAAUUGCCGCAUUGUUCCGCAUGUUGGAGCCGACGGGAAUUAUUACCAUCGAUGGUAUAGCCACGAAAGAUAUCGGACUUUAUAAUUUACGGAGAAAACUUUCCAUUAUUCCUCAGGAUCCUUUGCUAUUCACCGCUUCCGUUCGGAACAACCUGGAUCCCUUUAACAGGCGCGACGACGCCACUUUAUGGAAAGUUUUGGAAGAGGUGCACUUAAAAGAAGUGGUGGGAAAAUUAGGGAACGGACUGGACAGCCAACUUUCGGAAGGAGGAGGCAACCUGAGCGUCGGUCAGAAACAAUUACUUUGCGUGGCCAGGGCCAUUUUACGCCAGAACAAAAUUUUAAUAAUGGACGAAGCAACGGCCAAUAUCGACAAAAGAACCGAUUGCCUUAUACAGAAGACGAUUGGUGAGAAAUUUUCUUCCUGCACAAUUAUUACCGUCGCUCACAGAUUACAGACAAUUAUGGAUUCGGACAGAAUAAUGGUUUUAGACGAAGGAAAAAUUGUAGAAUUCGAUAAUCCCGACCAACUACUGAAAAACAAAAAUGGACUGUUUUACAGAAUGGUGCAAACGGGAGGUAAUUCGGCGGAGAAAAAUGAAAAAACGAUAAACGCCUAGACGGAAUGCCGAGUAACAAUUGGGUAGAUUGCUCUGGCCGGGCGAAUACCAGAAUAAUUUGGGCACUUGUUUAUAAAUACCGUUCUGAUCUUAUAAUGUUUAUUCUCGCCGUAAGUAGCCCGCCAUCGAAAUAUAAAUGUGGAAGGACGGUUUUCCGUUUCGCAAACCUGUUCCUUCCGUAAGAUCGUUGUCAUUCCUUCUUUUUAUACUAAUUAAUGUCUUUACUCGCCACACUUUCCGGAUUGCGGGUCGUGUGUCUAGCGGGUUAGUCUUAAGUGGACGAAUAUCCGCUUAACAAUAUAUUCCGUGUAGGACGAGG